AUAGGUGUAGAGGUUUUCUACCAAUGGGUUCUAUUGAUCCAUACGGUCUCUACUCUCUUCGUCCCAGGAAAGUGUGCUGAAAUGAUCCAAGUCAGGAAGGAAAUGGAAACAGUGUAGGUCAUGAGUCACUGUCACAUUCAUCAUCCACAUCCGCCAUUGGAAAACCAAAAACAUCAAAUUAACAAAAAACAAAACAACAAAAAACAUUGCGCAAUCAUGUUGGCUUCUACUAUCCGUACUCAUCAAUGUUAGCAUACUUAUUUGUGUGUCAUGACUGAGCAGUUAUAAAUUCCCAAAUGUUGAAAAAGCUGAUUGUUGGAUUUUUAACUCGAUUUUUCUCCCAUUUGACUAAAAGAAGUCUUUUAGGGUACAAGAUGGCUUCACUCAGAGAAUCUAUUGGUAUGAACCUAGAGUGUCCAAUCUGCCUGGGCUUUCUGAAGGAUCAUCGAAUUUUGUCAUGCUCGCAUACCUUCUGCAGGGGUUGUCUUGAGUUUCUACUCAACUCUCAACAGGAUAAACAAAACAUCUUCUGUCCAGUAUGCCGAGAAACCACACCAAUUCCAGAUGGUGACGUUGGUGGAUUGCCGAUGAGCAAAGCAAUCCAGUCUAUGGUAGCGGUAGUAACGGCUGAGAGUGAAAAAGAAAUUAAUGAAUCGCAACGAGCUGACGUUACAUUGAAGAGACCCUGUACGUGCGAUGAACAUUUGGAUGGUGGCGAGGAAUGUUUCUGCGCCAACUGCGGGAAGUACAUAUGCUACAAGUGUGGCAUUGGUGAGCAUGUGCAGGAGGGACACACUGUCAUGGAAGCUGAACGCCAUAAAGAUACCGUGAAAAGCAAUGUUGAUGAACUGUUAGCAAAAGCAGCGACAAAGAUAUGUGACAUCGAAAAAUACAUUGCCUGUAUAGCUGAACAAUGGGAAACAUGUGAGAAGGUAGAGAAGGAACUCCAUGACGACAUCAACCAAGCUUUUGAGAAAUAUGUUGCAGAGCUGAUGGAGCGUAAGGAGCUCCUUAAGAGCAAAGUUGAGAAUGAACUGAAGAAGAUAAAAAUGUCAUUACUAGAAAUGGAAAAGAUCACUAAUCAGCAAGUGACAUAUAUCAAUAAGGCUAGUGAGCUAGUUAGAGGGGGUUUAAAAUGUUUCCUGCAGAAAGCCUCUCCUCUGAAAGCACACGAAACCCUUUGUGAAGAGCUGGAAAGGCUUUUGAAGGAAUCAGAACCUGAUCAGGAAGGGCUAAGAAGAUUGACUCACCAAAGUGAACGCAUUCACUUUGAAAGCGACAACCGAACGGCCAGAAAUCUCUUGGGCUGCGUUCGCCGAGGAAAACAGAUAUGGAGAUUGGUAGCAGAAAAGCAGCUACCAUCAGCCAAUAGUAUGAAUACUCUGGCUGUAUCUCCAAACAACACCAUCUCUGUUGGUUGCCAUAUGGGAGGAAUAGUCACAUAUUCUGCUGAUGGUAUAAUUCAAGGCAUAGUUCUAAAAAAUGUUAUAGUUCGUUGUUUACAAUAUAGGUCAGAUUGCUGCUACAUCGUGCGUAACAUAAAGAACAAAAUCACUCUCUAUACACGAAAAUGUAAGAAGCUGGUCCUGUCAUUCUUUUCUUUGGAUGAUGAGGAGGGUGGUUCUGGUGGCCUUUCCCAGGAUCGAGAUGGUCACAUUUUCAUUGGUUAUAGGAAACUAAAAGAGAUACACAUGUAUAAUGCAGAAGGUGGAAUACCAGUCCGAAAGAUAAAGUGUGAUGGAUACGAACCUCGGCAGAUCUUCUCAUCGUCGACAAGCAACAGGAUCUUGGUAAAGGAUUCGAAUACCAUAAAGGUGAUCAACAGUUUAUCAGGAACCAUCCUGCAUAGCGUCACCAAAGAAGACCUCUCUGGAUUCCCAUGUUUGUGCACUGAUGACACGGUUCUCAUUGCAUGGGUCAACCAUGAGGAAGGUGUUGCAAAAAUCUACCUAUACACAAGCGAGCUCAAAACGAUGAAAACCAUCAUCAGCGACUUCCACUUUCAAAUCCCGGAAAGAAACUGGUACUUUCUCCAAACAUUCAAGAGUGGGGAGAUAGCUUUCUGUACACCAGACAGACUCUACAUCUUCCGGGAGUCACAAGAGUGAUACACAUCUAAUAAGUCAUCAUCCCUGCAUGUACAGCGCCGAUACACAUGAAAAUAAUUGAUAAAUCACGAUGUAUACACCUCGUAUACACACGAGAAUGAAUCCCUUCCAAUUAGUCUCCGGGAGAACAAGUCACUAGUCAGCCCUUCUGUAGAUUGCAGGCACAUACGACGAAGGUCACAUCUUAGUGGAUUCCUAUAUAUUUGAAGGGAUAGUAUAUAUUAAUUCACAAUAUCUAGGUCCUACACUCUAAAAAAUAUUGGGAAAAAAAUGUUCCAUGAGGACAAUUAUGUGUCCAACCAACAUUGGGCAUUUCUUUUUUGGCAUUUUUAUUUAUCCAGUGUGAUGAAAGUUUUGCAAAUUCUAUAGUAAUUGCUGCUUAUUUUUUUCAACCUUACUGGACAUUACGCUUCCCGCAUUGGGUAAAAACUGUCCCAAAUUGGUUGGACACAUAAUUACCCUCGGGCUGGUUAAAAUUUUACCAAAUAUUUUUACAGUGUAACUAAAGAAUCCUGAGACUUUAAUUUUAUGUUUAUGAAUGCAAGUAACCUCGUUUGAGAAAAUAUCUUGAUCGAUGAAUUGAACUUUGGAAGAAAGCUGUAUGGACCCAGAGAAACCAAGGAACAUACAUGACAUAUCUGAUGGCACCGCAAAGUGUCGCCUAAGACUUCUGCUUGUGAAAGACAUUGAUACAUUCAUGUAGAUCAAAAUGGAAGUAUGCCAUUAUUACACCAUUCGGAGUCACCAAGAAUCAAGGAGAUGUUGCCGGAAUGAAUAAAAAGAAAAUCCGCCGAUAUUCGGGAGGGAAUUUCAAAUUGCAAAAAUUUCCUUGAAUUUGUCAUCCGCAAGUCCUAGAUACUGACUAACCUUUCAGCAACACAGUGGCGUAUCUCAGAAAUCAUUGCCCAUACCAUGGCUAUUGUUAAAAAAUAUAUAUGGAUUAAAAUGAUAUACACCUACUAAUUGUAAAAUGAUAUACACCUACUAAUUGUACUAUACAGUGCGUAUCAAAAAAAGUUUACACUUAGAAAAAAAUCAUGUAAAAUUAUACAUUGUAAUAUCCUGAAGCUUCUCCAACAUUUAAACAUUGGUACAGGUCUCUUGAAGCAAAUGACGAUAUAACUGUCAAAAAAACUUUCCGCAUGAGUGAGCACCACUUACAUUUGAAAAGUUCGUGAAAGUGAUUUGCGCAGGCCCUUAUAAAAAAAGUACCGUGGUUUUACCAUAGUACUUUUACAAUGGUAAUACCAUAGUAUUGCCAUAGUAUGGUAAAUUGACGAAUGAAGGCAGUACAUUUACCACGGAUUUGCCAUAGUUGUACAAUAAUAUUAUUAUGGUUGUACCAUAAUAUUAUUAUGUAUGGUUGUACCAAAGUAUUACCAUAGUUGUAACAUAGUAUUACUAUGGUUGUACCAUAAUCUUUCAUGAUGCGCGUGGGUUGGCCAUCUGGAUUCCAUGUGGGUCCCAUAUGGGCCCGAUGAGAGUUCACU